AUGAAAAUUGGGAAACUUUCGACAAAAAAAAGACAAAAUUUUAAAACAAACGGGAAAGUUGUUCCAAGACGAAAACCACUCCAAAAUUCGGGUUUCGAUCAAAAAGAAAAAAAAUAUCUAUCGUGUCGACCAAAAGUCAAAACUAGUGACGAGAACAGCAAAAACAUUGAACGUGGUCGUGAUGAACAUAGAUUUGGCGGGAAAUACAAAAGAGAAGAAAAUAGCGUUCAACUAGACUUAGAUAGAGAAUAUUUUCUUAUGAAACAAUUACAAGAACAAAAUAGACAAAUAGAUUUGGAACGUAAAAGAAAUGAAGAGGAAGAAGAGAAAGUGAGGCAAAGAAUACAAAAUUUGAAAGUGACAGAAUAUGAACUUGAUAAAAGAAGAUUAGAAAGAGAAAGAUUACAAAGAGAAAUUGAGAAAAAGAAAGAACUUGAAAGGCUGCGUGCUGAAAGGUUGUUAUUGUUGAAAAAUCAGGAGGAAUCACUAACCCGAAGAUUGAUUUAUGUAGACAGAGAUAUUCAAAGUGACAAAGUUACAUAUGGAAAUGAUAUUGAUGACAGAGACAUAUAUUAUAAUAGAUUCCAAAAUGAGAGUGCUUAUCAUGACGACAUAAGAGACUCAGAGAGACAAUGUGAGAGAAAAAGAGAUACUUAUAGUACAUACAGACAAUAUGAGAGAAAUAGAGAUGAAGGAGAUACAGAUAGAUAUUAUGAGGGAAAUAGAGGUAUACGAGAUACAGAGAAACAUGGAGACAUGGACAAUUAUCUAAGUAAUAGACAAGAAUUUAGAAACAUGAAAUACGAAAGAGGUAGUGAGAUUGGUUCAAACACCCCAAUACUAAGAGAUCGAAGUGAAGACAGAAUUUCGUCUAGAUUUGGAAAACCUAAAGUACCUCCAUUCGAUGGAACUGAUUUCAAAGUCUGGAAAGUUGAAGUUGAGUGUAUCAUCAAAAGUGGAAUGUAUCCUGAAAGUUUAAUUGCACAGACAAUGAGAAAUUCGUUAAAAGGACAAACACGUAAAGUUCUUCUCACCAUAGACCCAAUGGCAAACUCUUAUGAAAUACUAGAAAAAUUAGAAGAUAUAUACGGAACAACUCAGACAGAAGAUUCAAUUAUGCAAGACUUGUUUAAUUCAAAACAGGAGGAAAAAGAAAGUUCUUCAGAUUGGGCACUACGUCUUGAGUCAAUUAUGCAACUGGCUAUUGAAAGUGGUGAAAUUUCAAAUACAAAGAAAAAUAGUUUAUUGAAACAAAGAUUUUGGAAAGGACUUAGAAGUGAAAAGUUAAGAAACAAUACAAGGGUUACAUUUGAAUCAUCAGCGAACUUUGAACAACUCAGAAAGAAAACAAGAAUUGAAGAAGAAGAACUUAAACGCUCAUCAAACGAAUAUAAAGUCCAAAGGACACCUGAUAAUACAAAUAUAAAAGAGGGAAAAGAUACAAAGAGUCAAGUUGAGAAGGAAACCCUGAUACAAAUACAACAGAUGAAAACGGGAACGCCAUUUGACAAACAGAUGAUGAUGAUGCAACAAUUAAUGGAGAAGAUGAAUAAACUAGAGAAAGAGUUAGAGCACUUAAAACAAGAAAGAAAAGAGGUAAAACAACCAGAGUACAACACGCCAUAUAGAAACGAACAUUAUUAG